GAACAGAAAGAGUGGAAGAGGAAAAGAGUCAAGAACUAUCAACAGAGUGGAGAUACACCAGCAGCUCGACUUCAGGACCUUGGAGAGCGGCGACAGAGCAACAAUAAAGAAGACAACUUUGACUAAAUCACAUGUGUAAAGCGAUGUCACAACGGUCCGGCCCUCAGCUGCUUCUUCUAAUAGCCCUGUGCAGUGUGUUGUACUCCCGGACUCUGAGUCUGCCAUACACAUCUAUGAGAGCGACGAGACACGCAGACGGUCUGUUCACCAGCGGAUACAGUAAACUCCUGGGUCAGCUAUCAGCUCGGAGGUACCUGGAGUCUCUGAUCGGGAAGCGGGUCAGUGAUGAGCUUAUGGAAGAGCCAGUGAAGCGCCACACAGACGCCAUCUUCACAGACAACUACAGCCGCUUCCGUAAACAGAUGGCUGUCAAGAAAUACUUGAACUCAGUCUUAACAGGAAAGAGAAGCCUAGAAGAUCCUGGAACCAGCGACUCAGAUGAGUCCAGGAAUGAGCCAAACACUUUCCAGGAGAGCUACGACGACAUCAAUGUAGACCAUCUCAUAAACAACUUUCAGCUGCCACUUUGAGGAGGGCCUGUGCAUGUGUGAAUACCUCAAGUCAUCCUCAUGAAACCACCCCAUUCCAAAAAAAACAACACAAUAUUAAUCCAAAGGACAUCCGAAAGUCAGAUCAACCAACAAUGUGUUCGCCAAUGUGGUUAUCUAUCUAUCCACCCACUCGGUACAUGUUUACACUGUAUAUAUAAAUAUAUAUACACAAUACUAAUCACAAAGACUCUGCAGUCCACACUGAGCAACAUGUGUGUGUCCAUGUGUAUUUUGGGUAAUCAGCUUUUGAAGAUGUGUGGAGUUCUGACAGUAAAUAAUAGUCAACUAAAACAACUAUAUGUACCGUUUUUUGAAUAUAUAGUAUUAGACAUUCCUGCAGAAAGACCAAUGUUGUUCUGUUGACAUUAAAUAGACUUUUUUUUUUCACUUUUAAUGAAACCACAGUUAAGUGGAAAUUAAGGGUAAGUUUGUCCUGUAGACUUUCUGAUCCAAAAACCAAACUCCUGAAUAUUAAUGCAUCAAUUUUAGUACAUUUUCCAUUGAUUUUCAGUGGAUCUAAUGCCUCUUUAUAGCUUUAAGUGAAACAUUUUGAUAUUUUGCUUUCGAUUUGUCUUACUAAAUUCAGAUAAACUGUCACUUACCCCAACAAAGGAUUCUUGAACUUUAUGAGAAACAUUUGCACUGUUGAAUGUAAAAGGGAAAAACUCUUAAAUAACAGUCAAAUCAUGUCCUCUGGAUCUGUUCCUUCAAAGUCUGAUCAACCUUAAAUGAAUGGAUUGAAUUGUUAAUUUUCUCAAACUGAUGCUUCCACUAACUUUUGACAGAUUGUGUAAUAAAUGCUCAAGUUGUAUUAGUUUCCAGUGUGAUCACUGUUUUAUGAAAUUUAAGCAAAACAAAGCAACCUGUUGUCAUAUUUUCUGUACAUCCAUGGGCUGACAGUUGGAUAAAACUGGAUAAAUACAUAUAAAAAAAAUUACAUUGUUGAACACUGAGCUGUUAAACUGGGUUUACAUCACUGAUCCAUCAACUCUCAGUGGUGCAAUCAUGAUCCUAAUGCUGGUUCUGGAGAAUCCACACAUACUCAUUUAAUGACUAAGGAUGGAAAGACAUCAAAAGGAGAUGAAGAGGAAGACACAUACAUUUUGAAUCGACACAGAUGCAUAUAAUCACUUUAUACUACUCAAUAUGUAGAGCAAAGAAGUUAUAACUGUGCAUAGACCUGCCUUUAGCGUGUAUAGUGAUGUCCACCACUCACCAAAUAAAAGAUGUUGCUCUAUUUUUCAAACC